AAAAAUAUUUUUCUAUUUUCUUUUGUUCGUUUGACUAAAAAAUUUUAAAAAUAUUUUUCCUAAAAAAAAAUAAAUUUUUCAAACUAAGAAAAAUGACUUCCUUAAUCAAAGUAUGACAAAUAAGUUGUAAUAUUCCUAUAAUUAUCAGAAUUAACCCACCACAAUCAAAAUAAAAAAAUCUCACUCACCACCUACCAUCCCACCUUUGCUUUUUUAAAUUCAAUUUUUUCCUUACCUCACACCCUAUCAUCUGACUCACGACCCCAAUCAGCUCCCCCACCCCCACCCCCACCCUUCACCAAUUUUUAUUUUUUAUUUUUAAAAAAAGGUUUUAGAGUUUUUUCUAAUAAUAUUUUAAGUUUUUUCUAGAAAAUGUUUUUCUAAAAAUCCUAUGUCUCGAUUAUAUUAAAUACAAGUAUUAAUAAAUAUAUAUUUUUAGCAAGGACGAUAACUAAUUAAGAACGAGUAAUUAUGUUUUGAUUUUAUUAGACAUCAAGUAUUAAGAAAUAUUUUUUUUUAGUAAGGAUGACAACUAGUUAGGAACGUACGGGGAUUAAUAAAACUAAAAUGUAGGGACAACAACUAAUUAAUUUUCAUAAUUAUCUAAACCCUCAUCACUUAAAAUACAUUAGCCGUGACAUAAAUAAACUAAAAAAUUAGUCUAGAUCAAAACUGAAUGUAGUAAACAAGAAAGAGAAGUUAUAUUUUUCCUUAACAACAAACAACUAACGUAAUCUGGAUCAAAAUUUUAUUAAUACUUGUUAUUUAAUAAAAUUAAGAUAUAAUUAUUUAUUUAUUUUCAUCUUUAUCCCUAGUUGUAAAUCUGGCGAGAUAUCAAUAUAGUAUAAAAAAGAGAGAAAUACUUGAGAAAUUUAGGUCUUGUUUGGCUAUAAAAAUUAUAAUUUUUCGGAGUUGGAGUUGAAAUUGAAGUUGGGGUUGGAGUUGUGUUUGGCCAUGUAUAUAAAUUAAAGGUGUUUUUAAAAUUUUGGGAGAGUGGUAUGAGUGAAAAAAGUGAAAACAAGUAAAACAUAGUUUUCACUUUUUCAAAUACAAUUUUGAAAUUAUAUUUGAAAUUUUCAUAACAAAAUGCAUCUUGUUUUCAUUGUUCUUACUAAAGUGAAAUAAUUUUUCGAAAAUAAAAAUAAUUUUUAUGACCAAACGGCUACUUAGAAUGUAACUAAUAUUUUUUUUAAAAAAUCACACAAAAUAAACAUGAUUAUUAAAAAUUGAGGGAGUAAAUUAAAGAAAACUUAAGAAAUUAAUAAAUUAAUAAAGUGGAGAAAACUUAAGAAAAUAAGGUGGAAAGGGAGAGAAUGAUGGUAAUAUAAAUUGAGGAAAGUAAUAAUAAAUGGAUGGGGUCCACCACGCCAUGUGUCAAAUAAUAAACACUCUCUCACAACCAUGACACGGUGGACCUCUUCCACCAUAAAAUUUUCUCAGUUGAUGGGCCCUUUGAUUGUCAAAUAAAUUUGAACAAAAAAAAAAAAAAAUUAAUGAUUCACUUAUUUUGAAACAUCAAAAAUACUUCAACAAUUUAUUUAUUAUGAAACGGAGGAAGUAUCAGUUAUAGACAUAUGAAUCCACGCUCAAAAUAUCAUAUAAUGUGAUAAUGAUUGGGUGCACCUUUGUGAGAUUAGAGAUUUAAAUCUUAUAUCUAUCUUAUUUUAUUUUUUAUCUGAAAUUGUGUAACAUAAUCUUUCAAAAUUUUCAAGUCUGUCAGACUGGAAAUUCUAAAUCUAUUAUCAGUAUAUUUUUUUAAAUAUAAUUAAAUCAAAUACGUAUAUUAAAACAACUAGCAGUGGGUGAUAUAACAUGAAGACAAGAGAUUCAAGAGAUCUCAAUACCUUCAAUAUGAAAUAUAAUUAUAUAUAAAAAAAAUUAUUAUUUUAGAAGAUAAAAAUUAAUUUUGGACCUAUAAUUUUAAAAAGUUAAGAGGUUUAAUGAUUAAAAUCUAAAGGUCAAAUUAAUCGUAUUUAUAACUUGAAACUAUUUUUUUAUUUUAAUAGUGCAUUCAUCUUCUCUAUAAAUUUAAUUAGGGUACCUUUUAUUUUGUAGCGGUUAGUAAUUUAUUAAAGGGUGUGCUCAACCGAAAAUGAGAACUUAUGUAGGAAUGGAAGGAGUAUUCAGAUCCAGCUAAGCACAUCCGAUGUAUCUCUGCUUGUAUGUUGUGCCCAGUUGCAUGUGUAGCGUGGAAUCUUUUGUUAAAUGACCUUUUUAAGUAUUCUUUUUAAUUUAAUAGGCUACAAAUUUUUUUCUUUUUUUUUUUUUUAGGGAAAUGACCUAUUUUUGAGACAGUUCUAUUCUCUAUCUGACUGAUAUAUAGACAUUGAUUAUCGAUCCAACAAAUUGAUUAUCAAUUUGACCUAUAUAUGGACAAAUCGAUUAUCAUCCGACCUAUCAAUCCGAUAGAUGAGAAAAUAGAAGUAGGCCAUUUUGCUAAUUGAAAACUUGAAGGCUUAAUAGCCAAAUUUUCUCAGUAGGCCAUUUUGCUAAUUGAAAACUUGAAAAGGCUUAAUAGUCAAAUUUUCUGGUGUAGUCGCACCUCGAUGAAUACCUUGUCACACUGUAACAAUUUGCUCCAGACGUUAUUUGAGCAAGAGCAUGCAAAGAGCAGGUGGUUGGAGGUGCAUUGACAUGCACCCAUGCACACAAUCCAGAGCUUGCCUUUUUUGUUCAAGCAUUCUUUGCAAAAAGCACCCUUAAUCCCUUUAUGGAGAUCUAACCGGUCAUCCCACCAGCAACUCUAGGAUGACACAGUUUGGGAAGAGCAGGUGGUUGGAUCCCCUAUAACUCAUAGAGCGUUAUGUAUUUCAGCAACAGUAACAAGCUGGAUUAGUCUCACCUGGUGUUCUCUUUGUAGCAUCGCACCCUCUCGAAUAGUUACUGGAUUAAUAGCAGGGAUUUGUUCAGCAGCAGUGCUAACAAGCCUCUAUAGAACAUGAUAACCUCCUUCUCAGUGUCCUCCUGUUUCUGUAUCAAAGUUCCUCAGAUUGAGACCAACCUAUUGAUACUAUUUUGUGCUACUCUUUUUUCCAGUUUGAAAUUCUUUCCGUAAAUAAAUCGUAAUGAAAAUUUACAUGUCUCUUUUUUUUACCGCUUCUGAAUCUUGCUCAUGGAACAAAAAAGAGGAGCUUCUGAAGAAGAGUAGAAGUUAUUAUACAAAAUCUCCAUAUAUUAAGAUCAUUUGGCCUUACAUGCAUUCCGAGAGAGGAAGGGGCAGGGUAUGCAGUUGGUUUGGUUUCAUUUCGAUAUAAACAAAGGCUAGUAACCAUCAACUCUUGUUGACCUUGACUUGUGGAUAAAAUAAAGUAAGCAAUAAAUAAAAUCCGAUUCUCAUUUUUCUGUUCUUUGUGCUUUAAUUAUGUGUCAAUUUGAAUUAGCUAGCUGUUGUUUGUUUGAUGGUCUGUUCUGUAAUUCGGACAAAGUUCACACAAAGCUGGAAAAAGGAAGAGAAGAAAUAUUUUCAAUAAAGAUUUGAAGUAUAUGAAUCUUCUAAUAUUAACUUAACACUAAAACUUUUGGCUUAGCCCUUUCAUCUACUUGUAAAGAACAAAAUGGAUACAAUAAGAAAUAAUGGAGUAUUUGCUGUUUAGCUGGUUAUGGAAGCAGCAAAAGGCAUGAAUGUGUCUGUGUCGAACUAUAUAUUAAGAUAAGAUUUAUCACUUGGCAGGAAAUUGAAAGACGGCCAUGGAGUGUAGCCAGGUAAGAGAUUUAAUGAAGUUAGUGAAGGCCUGGAGUAAAAAUAAAUGGACGUUUAAUCAAUUGGAAGAUGCUAUAAAUAAUCUAGAUCAUGUAGCUACAUUUCUCUCGAUUUUGGAGAAGCACUACCCAGAGAAUGUGAUAUCGACUCAACUUAGGUCCCUAUUUCUAGAAGCUCCUGAGAUACGUUCUCAACAGAUGAUAACAAAGGUUCUGAAAAUAACAAAGAUGCUGAAAAUAGUUAAACCUAAGAAUAUUGCUGAGAGAAUCAAAGCUUCAAAGCCAUCAAAAUCAUCUACCCAAAUCACUAUGGAGAUGGUGCGGUCUGUUGAAUCUUUGCUUUAUUACCCUUAUCUUUUACUGUCCUUAGUUUAUUUACGCGGUUAUGCCCCUGCCGUGCUUUCAAAAAAGCUGAAACGUCUACAACUCUUCCUCACAUUAACUGCAAACCGGUGCAUUGAGCAUGAGAGUAUGCAGGAUCUCUUCACCCAUGUUCAGGAUAUAGCUUACACUGUAGCAAGCCUAUGUUUCUUAGGGUUGGCCCACAAUAUGGAUUCUGAGUUCUCGGAACUGCUAAAAAGGAUAAGUCCUCCUUCACCUGAAUUAAGGCAUAUUUAUAAGAGCCUCUUUAUAGCGUCGAAGUCAUCAAGAUCAGCAGAUCACUUGACAUGGAGAUAUCUGAGAAUGUUUGUUGAUGCUGUAAAAGAGGAUCUACAAGACCUGUUAAGGCAUGAUGCCUGCUUGAAAGUUGCCUUUGAUGAUAAAAUUCCAUGGCUCCAACAAGGACUUUCUUACAUUUCUGGAUUUCUCAUCCAUUUAGCAUCAACAUCAAAAUGCACUGUUCUCGCAGAAGUCAAUUCUCUUCAAGCACGAAUAGAAGAUCUGGCCAUUGAGGCAGCAAUUGUCGUCUACUCUUCCUAUAACGAGGAAAUGGACAAGACUAGUGAAGCUUUGCAACUGAAGCUUAAUCAUGUCAAACCAGAAAUCGAUCUAAUUCAGCUACUAACUAGUGAAGCCACCAUCAUAGCUCAUCUGAAAGAUCUAUCUGACUAUGUUCAGGAAGCGUUGAUAUUCUUGACAACUUUUCCCAUCAAUUCAUUGGGUUGGUGCAAAGAGCAUACUAAGAGAACUGAACUUUUGGCCCUUAUUCAAUCUCUGACUAGACAAUCAUGGUCAUUCGUCAAUUCUAGUUCUCACUUGGCCAGGGAAAUUAAUGGCUCGAAUGUUGAGUUUUUUCUUAAGUUCAAGUUCAUUAAGGCAGCGAUUACAAGGAUGUGCACAGGCAUUUCUGCAUCAUCAACGCUGGACCAUCCUACGAUAGAUCUGUUGAACUUUCUUCCUAUUAACUUUGAGGUCAUUGAUUCUUAUUUCAACAUGAUAAAAUACUCAAAGACAUCAUCCUCAGGUAGACACAACAUGGAUUUGGUUUUGAUGGGGUUUCAUGAAUAUAUUCUUGACAAUCUGCUAGUGAAGGAUGAAACUGAUUUGUCAUUUACAGUUGCAGAUGAGGUUAAAAAAUUUUAUGAUGGGUUGUUGCUUGUGGCUAUAUAUCUUGUUGAUCAUCCAGUUCAGUGCAAUGGUCACAAGAAGCGGAAUGAAAGUACAAAGGUCACAUCCUCCAGUUCAGUUGCUUAUGGUAACGUAUCUUGUUUGACAAUAUAUGGAACUACUGGGACUGAGACCAAAAGGUGGAAGGUCAAUCUUGUUCUUCAGUUUUUUGUUGAGUCUUUCAAGUUUGUCAGUCUACUAAAGCACAAAGCCACUGUGAGCCCUCAAGUUCUGGAUUUAACUGAAAUAGCUCAUGAAGGGCUUAUUUUCCUAGUAGCUAUUCUCACGGAUCUUCUCAGGCAACAUGCAGAGCUUAGCCAAUUCCAUGAUCUUUUAAUGUGUGCUGAAGUGAGUGUCCACAGGUUGUCACAUAUUAGUGAGUCUUUUUAUGGAAGUUUCAUGGACAGAGGCAACAAUGAGAAAACGUGGCUUUCAUUGUUUGACUAUGUACAAGAGAUACGGUCUGUCAAGGUAGAGGUCAGAAAAGUAUGCUUUCAACUUCUAGAUGCAUCACCUUGCAACAUGACAGAUGGAGAAGGCCUACUUAAUUUUUUAUUAAACCACAAGGACAGGACGAUCAACGAUGGCGUUGGUUCAAUCUCUUUUAUGAAAAAUCAGAUCUCAUUAUGCAAAGGAAAACAAGUGUAUUUGGGCUCUUUCCUUGCAGAUAUUGUACAGUAUCGCAAUAUGCAUCAAGAACUCAACGAUCUCGAGAAAUGUCUUCGACACAAAAAGUAUGUGUGCCUCUUCACCAUCAGGGGUUAUAGACCAGCUUGGUAUUACGUAUUAUAUCUCUCUGAUAUGAAGCAGUUUCUUAAGUUUGUUGAGGAUGAGGUCUGAAAGAUUUGUCUCAAAGUUCCAGAUUCAUCAAGUUUUAGCUUCCCCAAGACAAAUGGAUUAGGAUUUCUUGAUUGUUUCUUGGGAAAAUUGGAGGAUCUGUUAUGUUCUAAGAAUGAUUCAGUUUUGGACUUAGAGAAUUAUAUUGGAUCAAUCAAGGAGGGAUUAUUAUGCCUAAGAUCACUGACUAAUCAUUUCCCAGAAAUCUACGAUGAGCAUGAUGAAUUUUAUGGUCUUAUGACAAGUGUUACUGAAAUGGCAUACAAGGCAGAGUAUGUCACUGACUCGUGCUUGACCUGUUCUCAUCCUCGCUGGUACAAAGUUCUUUGGAUUUCUGAAGUUCUUGAGAAUAUUAAGCUUGUAAAUAAAACGGUAAGUGAUACUUGUGGAAUAAAGGAGAUUGACGUAACAGUGCACAAAGUUGCAAACACCUCAUUGAAUCUUGUGCCAUCUUUAUCAGCUAAUACUCCAAGAGCAAAUGAAGAAAUGGAGGGUUUUCAGGAGGCAAUGAACAAAAUAAAGGAGCAGCUACUUAGAGGAUCAUCUGAGCUAGAUAUUAUCUCCAUAGUUGGUAUGCCUGGAAUUGGAAAGACCACUCUUGCCGAUAAGAUUUUCAAUGAUCUCAUACUUACCCCUUACUUUGAUGUUCACGCUAAGUGUCGUGUGACUCAAGUAUAUUCAUGGAAGGAGUUGUUGCUUACCAUCUUGAAUGAUGUUCUUGAGCCUUCUGAUCGUACUGAAAAAGAAGAUGGUGAAUUAGCCAAUGAGUUGCGUCAAGUUCUGUUAACCAAGAGAUUCUUAAUUCUCAUUGAUGAUGUCUGGGACAAAACUGCAUGGGACGAUUUAUAUAUGUGCUUUAGAGAUGCUCAGAGUGGGAGUAGAAUUAUUCUAACGACCCGACUGAGUGAUAUUGCCAAUUAUGUUAGAUGUGAAAGUAAUACCCAUCAUCUUCGUUUAUUCAGAGACGACGAGAGUUGGACAUUGUUGCAGGAAGAGGUGUUUCAAGGGGAGAGGUGUCCACCUGAGCUUGUAGAUGUGGGAUUUCGAAUAGCAAAAAGUUGUGGAGGGUUGCCGCUCUUCAUUGUCUUAGUUGCUGGAAUUCUGAAAGAGGAGAAGAAGGAAGCAGAUGUAUGGAAAGAGGUAGAAGAUAGUCUAGGUUCGCGGAGAAUUGGUAGCUUGGAAGAGAGUAUGUCUUUAAUUGGAUUCAGUUAUAAGAAUCUACCACAUCACCUCAAGCCUUGUUUUCUCUUUGGGGGUUUUUUAAAGGGGAAGGAUAUUCAUGUCUCCAAAUUGACUCGAUUGUGGCAAGCUGAAGGGUUUGUACAAGCAAACAAGGAAAAAACAACAGAAGAUGCUGCACAAGAUUUUCUUGAAGAUUUCAUUAGUAGAAAUUUAGUAAUGGCCAUGGAGAAGAGACCCAAUGACAAGGUGAAAAGGUGCCGACACAAUUCCUGCUUGGAAAAGGCCAAGCAAGAAAAUUUCCUUAACCAAAUAAAUAGGGGAGAGGAUAUGCUUCCUGAAAAGACUGAGGACUAUCGGUUGUUUGUCAAUUCAUAUCAGGAUGAGAUUGAUCUGUGGCGGCCAUGUCGCUCAAAUGUUUGCUCCUUAAAAUUCGAAAUGACAGAUCCAGAUAACUUGUUAUGGCCACGUGACCUCUCCUUCAUCUUUGAAAGCUUCAAACUAGUGAGAGUCCUGGAUUUGGAAUCCUUCAACAUUGGUGGUAUUUUUCCCAGUGAAAUGCAGUCUCUAAUUCAUUUGAGAUACUUUGGUUCAACUGAUGCAAAUUCAAUUCCAUCAUUUAUAGCUAAGCUAUCAAACCUUGAAACUUUUGUGGUAAGGGGAUUGAGAGGAGAGAUGAUACUACCUUGUUCUCUUCUGAAGAUGGUCAAAUUGAGGCAUAUUGUUGUAAAACAUCGUGCUUCGUUUAGUUUGCAUGAGUACCCCAGUGAAUCACUUGAUAACUCUCAAUUAAAUGAUUUGCAAACCUUUUCCUCUCCACGUCUCUCUUAUGGUAUAGAUGCAGAGGCGAUUUUGACAAAGAUGCCAAAUUUGAGAAAGUUGAGUUGUAUAUUUUCAUCGACAUUUGGUCAUUCAGAGAAAGUGAAGGGAAGGUGUGUUGUUUUUCCAAGAUUAGAAUUUCUAAGUCAUCUUGAAUCCCUAAAGCUGGUUUCCAACAGCUAUCCAGCUAAACUUCCACAUGAGUUCAAUUUCCCCUCAAAACUAAGGGAAUUGACUUUGUCCAAGUUUCGUCUGCCCUGGUCCGAAAUCUUCAUUGGAGAAUUGCCUAACUUGGAGAUUCUUAGGUUACUUUCCAGAGCCUUCGAAGGGAAUCAAUGGGAAGUGAACGACUCAGAAUUUCCUGAACUCAAAUACUUAAAUUUGGACAACAUCAACAUUUCACAGUGGUCUGUCUCCGAUAAAGCUUUUCCUUAGCUUGAACGUUUGGUUUUAACCAAGUGUAAGCAGCUUGAGGAAAUCCCUUCUCAUUUUGGUGAUGCGAUAUCUAUAAAAAGCAUUGAAGUAAACAGGUGUUGCUGGUCUGUUUCCAAUUCCGCCCUGGAAAUUCAAAGAACACAACAUGAUGAUAUGGCAAAUGAUACGUUCACAGUUACUAUACAACCUCCAGAUUGGGCUACAAGAUCAUAUUCUUGACUCUUAUCUGGGACUUUAACAUUGUCCAACUUGGAUAUAUGUUCGACAUGGGCAGGUUUAAUGCUACUCGUUAGAAGUUGGAUACUAGUGUUUCUUGUAUUAUAUAUGAAGGUUACAAGAAAUUCAGUUAGCAGGGGAUAAGAACUCAGCUUCUCACCACCACCGGUGACAUGGCGAUGGGGAUAAACAGGAGACAAAUGUGUCAGACUAAACUAGUAAGUAGCUGAGCAUUGCAGCUUCUUCUCUGUUACCUUUUAUCUUUGUGCCGUUUAUUGUGGGGAUGCUGAUUGGAGGUAAACUAAAUUCUACAACAAUUUAAGAAAAUAGUUUCUUGGUUCAUUCGUACUUUCUUCUAUUUUUCUAUAUUUAUAGACCACCUCUCAAGUAGAGUACUAUUGCCGGUUAAAUUACAUUAGAAGUGGAAAAAAAAAAAUGUCUAGUUGUUAGUAAAAGUGUACUGUUUGUUUGUUGUCAAGCUCAUCGACUAAUUGCAACAUAUAAAAAAAAUGAAUUACUGUAUGUA